AUGCUUCCAUACCUACUUGGACUGUUCGGGCUGCUGCUCGCCCUCUACUACAGCUCUCUCGCCCCUCCGCAGCAGCCGUAUGGUGUGCCCACGGUUCCGUUCUGGGUAAGCCUGCUCCCGCUGAUCAAGGAUGUCGACCAGGAGGAAGUGUUUCUCCACUACAUCGCCCCCCUCCUCCGCGAGAAGGGGGCUGUCAAGAUGUUUUUUGGCGGCCAAUGGAACGUGCUCGUGCAGCGGCCCUCGCUCGUUUUGGAGAUGCUAAAGCGAGAGGACAUCUAUCACAAGAGUGGCAAUCAGAAAAAGAUUCCGCACAGCGUCUUGGCUGAAUUUCUAGGAUCGAACAUCAUCUCCGCGCGUGGCGAGGAGUGGCGGCGAUAUCGCAGCGUGGUGCAACCCGGGCUAUUGCCCAGUGCGUUUGCGGUCGAACCACUGGUGGAACAUACCCAGCAGCUGUGCGCAUGGCUGCUCCACCUGCAGAAGGUGCAGGGGCCACAUGGCGUCGCCGUACAGGAGGUUCUGCAGCGGUACUCGAGUGCCAAUUUGCUGCAUUGUGUGCUGGGCCAGCCGGAGAUUGCGCGCACCAUGAUGCUGGCCGACCAGCCGGCGCCCCUCCACCAGCUGCAGCUUACCCUCAAGCAGUAUCUGUUCCGGCCCCUUUUCAUGAGCUUUCCGGUGCUGGAUCGGCUGAGCGCGCUGAUCCCUUCAAGAAUCAGGGCCCGCCAGCUAGUGCGCUCAUUCGCCGCCGCUCUGCAGUCCACGAUCCUGGUGGAGCGCGCUGACAACCACCUCCAAAGCAGUCUCGGCAGCCGUCUAGCGCAGGCCUGGCGCGAUGGCACGCUCUCGGACAAAGAGUUCCGCGAUAACCUGAUGGUGGUGUAUGUGGCAGGACAGGAAAACCCGCAAUUACUGAUGAUUUCGACUCUGUACCUGCUGGCGCAGCAUCCGGAGGUCCAGUCACGCCUCCGCCACGAAAUCCGCGCCUCUGGCCUAAGCCUAACAUCCUUAACAAAUAAUCCUGGUUGGGAGCAACUCCCCUAUCUGACGGCCACCAUUCUCGAAUGCCUGCGCCUCUUCCCCCCGAUCUCGCAGCUGAUCAACCGACGGGUAGCCGUACGCACGCAACUGGGCGACGAGAUCGAGCUCCCCGAGGGGACGUAUGUCGGGUAUCACAGCUACGCGACCAACCGCGACGAGGGGGCGUGGGGCGCCUCAGCCAACGAGUUCCAGCCCACGCGGUGGGGGACCACCGACCAGGAGAUCUCGCGGACCUACCGGCGGGCCAAAGCGAGAGCGGAGUUUAUCUCAUUUCACGGGGGGGCUCGCGCCUGUCUCGGCGAGAAAUUCGCCAUGCUCCAGAUGCGGGUGUUGCUCAUGGGGUUGCUUGAUAAGUUGACUUGGAGAUUGGAUGAGAGUUGGGUGCCGAGGAUGGUGCCGGCGGGACCCCUACACCCUCGCGGCUUGCGGCUAAUUUUCAGUCCGUGCGACCCGGAGUGA